ACGGGGCCAAUGAGCAACGUGGGCUAUAUAAAGGCUCCUAUACCGCUGCUACCUUGCCUGAGCCAUUUCUCACCACCAACUGUCGCAGAGCGCAGACAUCCGAGACGCUCUCUUGCUACUUGCUAACCUGAAAGCCCGUGUAUUUCUUUCUGUCCAUUAUUGACAUGGCCCCUCAUCCCCUUGUUGGCACACCCGCUCCAUCGUUCUCCAUCCCAGACUCGAACGGUGAAACCUUCAAUUUGACACCCGGCACCACCGGUGCUCCCAUCGCCCUCUUUUUCUACCCAGAGUCAGGGUCAUAUGGAUGCACCCGCGAGGCGUGUCAAUUCCGCGAUGCGUUAGCUGAAAAGGAGGUGUUUAAGCGCUCGCAUGUGGAAGUCAUUGGCGUCAGUCCGGACCCUGUCAGCAAACAGAAGGAAUUCGUCGAGAGACAAAAGUUAAAUUUUCCUGUACUGAGCGACGAGAAACGAGAGGCGCACAAAGCAUACCAUAUCGGCAGGGGUAUGCUUGGCCUCACAGACGCACGAACGACCUUCGUCAUCGACAAGAAUGGUGUUGUACGUGAUGCUCUGGAUGCUACCAUGAACUAUAGCGCCCACGCAAAGUUCGUCCUGAAAUGGCUCGAUAAGUUCACGGAAGAAGACCAGAAGUCUAAAGCAGCAAACCAACCUGACGACCCACCCACUUCUGACAGCAGAGAACACCUCGGUGCUGUUGCCGAGGCUAUGUCUGCGUGAAGUGGGCAUGUGUGUUCGUGGACCAUGCUUUCUAGCCCCUAUCUUUUCCAUGUUUUCUUUUUUUUUUUUUCCCGAUACAGGAUUAACUGUAUUUGUGUCCUGCGCAUCAUGUAACCUAUCGGACGUUUACUGUAUCAUGUCCUGUCUGUAACCUUUUUGCACAACCAUUCAUUCAAUCAUAUACUUCGCGCAAGACGUCUUCUGGAUGUCUUCGUGACUCAUUUCUUCCAGUGUUGAGUAGCCCACUCAGUUCGAAGUACGCCCAUACCCAAAAUAUCUACCCAUCCAUUGUCCUUCCAAACUGCCUCUCGUGCCCGUCCUUCCACGACAAAACCAACUUUCUGAUAAACGGUAACAGCACGCGGAUUAUCCCCAUGGACAUUCAACGACAUCCGGUGCAAAUUCAACCACCUAAACGAAUGAUCCACCACGAACUUGACGGCCUCCGUCCCGUAGCCCUUGUCCCAAUACCGCGAAGACAGGCAUAUACCAAGCAUCCCAUGGUGGUUCUGGGGAGUGGGCGUGUCGACGCAGCUGUACCCCAUGAACUCGCCCGUCUCUUUGAGGGUGAUGAUCACCCACAUGGCGGCUUUCUCGCCUGUUUCCCUGAUGGUUUCUUUAUGUUUUGGGGACUGAGGAACGAAGGCAUCAGACGUAAAAGAUGGUAACACUAAAGGGUCAUUCCAGAGCUGAAGAAUAUCAUCCAUGUCCGAUUCUUUGAACGGGCGGAGUAUGAGACGUUCGGUGGUGAACAUGUUAUUGAGUCAAAGUCUACGAUGUAAUCGCGGGGUACGCGUACAGGGGGUAAGUUCAUUUGAAAACGAACAUCCC